GAUGAGCGUGUUGAGAUCUACCUUCACUCCAUUGUCAACAAACUUUUCGACAGAAGUUUGCCCCUUGGUUGGUUCUGCUCUCUUUCUCCCCUUAUCCUGAAGGUCUACUCUCCACGCAUGUAUGCGACUUGAUUUUUGUGACGAAUUCGAUCCGAAGUUGAACAAAAAAAAAUUAACCUUCACCUCAGAGUGGAAUCUAGGGAGCAACAACUGUCAAAAGUUCUGUGACGCUCUGAUAGACCGCAACGCCUUCGGCAGCUUCAUGGUCUAUCCCCGGCAUUGCGAGGAGAAGAAACAUGACGGUCAGGCAUCUCAAGUUCUCUAUUUGAUGAGCUUUGUCAGCCGGAUUGGCUGUCACGAUGGAUUCACCAGGCGGGUGAUUCCUUCUUCGAGGGCGACAUCCGCGAACAGCCAUACCGAGGAGUUUCUCCUUCGAUUCCGCCGAUUCGCUCACCACAACGACACAGACAUUUUUGACAGCUUGAUAGAGUACUGGACCGAUUGGGGAGGAUUUCGGGCGCCGAUAUUUCGACACCAAGGCCUCUUUCCGUGGGACUGUACUGAAGCGCGCACUCUCAAGGAGGAGGCCGAUCACCCGCAAGCGAAGUGUGGGGAUUGCUCCUUGGCUAAGCACCUUUGGGCCUUUCCGUUUGAUGCCUGGUCAGUAGCGCAGCUUCACCUUCUCAAGGAACACCGUUUCUAUGCUCCUGUGCCAGCAAUCGGGGGAGACAAUCAAACUGUGUUGAGCGACAAGGACUGGGAGGACAACAGAUUUGGCGUGCUCGAAGCGCUGCAUGUCCUUGGCAGCAUGGCGGUUGCGAUGCACAGAUCCCAGGUUUUUCAAGACAGGUGUCGAUGGAAUUUCAAAGCUCGCGGUCUGCCGUUCGAAAACACUCCUGCAGACCAGAACAUAUUCCACAAAGGUCGCGUGACUACAUUACGACAGCACAUCAAAAAGAGGGUAGGCAGACUUGUCGUCCAGCCGAAUGGCCCUCUCAUUAUCCACGAUCGCAUAAAGCUCGCAGGCAUUCAUCGGGCCCAGCCCAUGAGUUACCUCUACGAGCAUGGCAUGCACCACGACUGCACGCUGGCUGACUGGGCUGACCUGAAUCACAAUGGGCAAGUGGCGGCUUACACGGCGCUACGUGACUUUCGAUCACAGCACGUAGAUGAGAUCAUCGAGGACGCAAAGCGAAGGGCGGAAUCUAAAACUUCGCAUCCUAAUGGCCCGUUCAGAGGCCCUGGUAUCGAUAUGAACGCCACCUCCAGUAUAGGAACUGGGGAUUGGCUACCUGAAGACCUGGUUCCAGAAGAUUGUGAUGGAUCUUAUGCAGAAGUGGACUACGAAGCGAACGUUGAUACAGGUAAUUGCGACUGUCUGUGCGAUGCUACGGGUCUAUCGGGAUUUCAACACUCUACGGUAGAUGGCGGGUGGAGCUUCAGUGAUGGCGGGAGCGGAUUUCUUGCCGACACGAGCUCCAUGGGGCUUAAUACCUCAAACGGUAGUAACGGAGGUAGCGGCAAUGAAAAUACCGGCAAUGGAGGCAGCGGCGACGGUGGUAGCAAUGAUAGAAGUGGCGGUGGUGAUGGUAGUGGGAGUCACGGAGGGGGCGAUUCCCAUGCAGGAAGUACUAUCAACGACCAAUCAUGGCAGAGUAUUAUGGGUAUGUUUUAAGACGACGAGAGGAUAUCUGUAUUGUUGGAGAAGCUGUCAUCGUUGUCUGCCGUCUGGGCUCAGCCGUGAUACCGUCUCUGCUGAAAAUAAAGUCGGAGCAUCAAG